CUGAUGGUAUCUCAGAGGCAGUGAGGUAGACCUACAACAAGGUGCUCAUUGUUGUGAGGAAACCUUAUCCUUUUUUAUUAAAUUAAUUGGCCUAUCGCUAGGGCUGCUACACGACUCCAUUUAAGUCAAUAUUUAAUAUUAUAUAUUUAUUAAAGUCUGUAAAAUAUAUUGGAAAUAUUGGAUAUUUAAACGACUGAUUAGGAUACAUCAUGGAUCGAAUGGAUCAAUUGGGGUUGAAAUCCAUGAACAUGGAGUUUGAGGACGGCUUCUUUGAUUAUGGGACGGAGGAAAUAACAGAUGAUCAAGACCCGAGUGAACUUCUCGCCGCUUUGAAACAAAAGGAGGAAGAGGUUAUUUUGGCAGCGCAGCUGGGAAACGCAUUGCUGCUGGAAAACCGUCAGUUGAAAGAUCGGAGCGAAAAGCUUCAGGAGCAAUGCACAGACAAACUUGAGUUGCUGGAGCAGGGCAGGCAUGAGCUGCGUCUGAAGCUGACCAGCUGCCAGUUGCAGUGGGAGAGCCAGGUGGGGGAGCUGGAGCGUGAUGUGAGUGAGCUGAGGGCCCAGGUGGAGAGGCUGACUCAGGCCGUUGACGAGGCCGAGAGGGAGAAGGGCCAGGCCCAGCAGCACCACGCCGAACACGCCCAGCGACUGCGAGAGCAGCUCCGUACCGCCAUGGAGGUGGAGAGAGCCAUGUCCAGUGAGCUGCAAGCUCUAAAGGAACAGCUCAACCAAGCGGGAACCCAUAGCAGUACCCAGGACGACGAGCUGAUCAGUGCCAUGAGGGAGCAGGUGAUGCGUCUGACCCAGAGGGAGCAGGCUUUGGAGGAGCGUCUGGCGAGUAUGUGUCAGGAGAACGCAGAGCUGAGGGAGAGCCUAGCCUCCAUACAAACUCAGCUGGCCCUGCAGGACCAGCACAACCAGCAGCAGAGCCAACAGCUGAGCGAGGCGCGGGGGGAGGUAGAGAAGGAGCAUGGCCGAUCCCGGGAGCUGCAGAUCCAGCUGGAUGAGCUGCAGGAGGAGGUGUCCUUCCAGGAGGCCAGGAGCCACGGGGACUCCUCCCUGCUGUCAGAGCUGGAGAGCAGCCUGGCUACAGCAGAGAUGGGCCUCAGCACAGAACAGGUGAGGCAAGAAGUGUCUUUGGCAAUCCAGUUGCUUCUUCCGUUGACCCGGGGCACGGAUGCACCAGGGUGCCUUCAUGUUGGGGGGGACAUGAAAGCCUUGCUCUGCCAGCUGACGGACACGGCAAGAAGCCUGGCCGACUCCGGCUGCCCACAGGAGAUGAAUUCAGCCUUUGUGGAUUGGAGGAGUGAUCUGUGUGGGAACCCGAGCGCUUCAGAGCUCCGGGAUCAGAACACUGAUUUGCAGCAGAAGAAUGCAGAGUUGCGGACAGAACUGGAACACCAACAGGAGCAGAAAGAGGUCGUACAACAGGCCAUCAAAGAUCGAGAUGAAGCCAUAGCCAAGAAGAACCUAAUGGAGAUGGAGCUUGUGAGGAGUAAAAAUGAGAUGAUGUCUCUGAACAACCAGCUUCUGGAAGCCAUCCAGCGCAAACUGGUGCUGUCACAGGAGCUAGAGGCCUGGCAGGAGGACAUCCAGAUCAUCAUCAACCAGCAGCUGAAAGCACAGCAACAGUCAGAGCAACUGCAGAGAAAUCCUCCGCACUCCAAUGGCAUGUCCUUCUUCAGAAAGCCCAACACCACACCAGCAACCUCCCCUCGGACCGGCCAGCCCACCUCCUGGGGGUUGGAAGUGGACCAGGAGAAAGCCCAGUCCCCCUGGAAGCAGUGGCUCAGGCUGGGCAAGCGGGCGCAGCACAGCAAAUGAUGUGGAGCAGCACUCACUGGAACACCGUGUCACACACACACACACACACACACACUCACACUGGCGUGGAGAGCCAGGCCAGUCAGAGAGACUGCCUGGCGGAACAUGGGGCCCAGAUGUAGCCGGGACAUCCUACAGGGAUAGAGGAACCAAGCAGACUCAGGACCAGCAGCCAGGACCAUGUGUUUAUGAGUAAAUUAGUUUACAAUGCAACUCCUUCAGCUCCACUGUUGGAAGUCUGGAGCACCUGUGAACAAACCAAUGGGCAAAUGUACAUUUGUCUACAUUUCAUUAAGAAGCUAAGCCCUCCUUGAAAUAGGGAAUGUGACAAAUGGAGACUUUUUUUUCUUUUUUUGUAAGACUAUUACACCUGUCACUGUAAACAUAUAAAAGCUUUUUUGUAUAACAACAAAACUAUCACCAAACUGUACAUGUAGAAGUUUGUUGGUAUUUUUGGUAAGCAAAGUUACAUUAUUUAAUAGAAGAUUAUUGCAAUUAUGAAAGGAAAAUGGAUGGGAUGACUUCUUAGUUUAUACGAUAGCUGUUAUCUAUAAGAUUGUAUUUAGUACUUUCGUGUGCAAAACCCCCUACUCUUAUAUAUUAUUUGCCAAGCAAUAUGACUGAAUAUUAUGAUGACGAUGAUGAUGAUGAUGAUGAUGAUGAGGAUGAUAGUAUAUAUCGGUUAAUCAUAAAUAACCUAGUCAUUGUUUUUCUUUUUUUACAUUUUAUACUAUGUAUAAUAUCAAAGUUAAAAUGGUAUGUUGGUCCACACUUCACUUUAGUCGCUAUUUUUGUGUCUUAUGUGUUGAAAUUUACAUUUCAAAUGGUAUGAAUCCAGAUUUCUACAAUAUCACAAUGCAAACCUAAGAGGUUUGAUUCUUCGCAACACUCAGAAACAGGUUGUUGCAACUGUUUACACUAAAGUGUUAAAAUAAUAGAAGGAAUGUUGAAUAUAUUACUCUGUUGUAAUGUACAUUGAUAUAGCCUGAAACCGCUACACACUCACCUUUUAUAUCCAUCAUCACAUUUUAAAUAAAGUAUUGACAGAGAAUGACUACAUUGUGUGUAGAAAGUGUUUAUGCAAUCAGAGCAGAGAUUAUUGCAACCAUUGUUUGUUGAUAUAUAAUUUGUUUGACAACAAUUUUACAAUUGUUUCAUACAAAAAGUACAUCUGUUGCUAUUUUUUGUUUUUAUUGUUUUAUGAUUUGUACCUUUGCUAUUGUUCCACACAAUUAAAGUAACAACCAAACUA